AUGCCGUUCUUGGGUAGCACCGCACAAUCCGCUUCUAACUUCUUUACGUUGCCGUUCAGAAAGAAGAAACAAAGGUACACUAUCAACCCACCCGAGGAAUCAUACAAUGUCAUCUAUCUGGGAAACGUUCUAACAAUCAUGGCACGUGGAGAGAAUUGCUAUGAGAAGCCGUUGUCGCUGAUCUGGAAGGCGUAUUGCUCACGAGCUCGAGGCGACCUAGGAAUGAACUUGGAGAUUACUAGAUCGGGAUUGAAAGCAGAGACAAAACAACAGGGAUUGACAGAGUACUGGGCUCAUCGCAUCACGUUCAGUGGGGCUCCACCAGAGUAUCCGAAGGUGUUCUGCUGGAUUUACAAGCACGAUGGGAAGAGACUAAAACCAGAGCUUCGAUGUCACGCGGUGUUGUGCAAGAAGAGCGCGGAGCCAGGAAUCAUCAACACACGCCUUCAAAGCUUCCUUGCCGCGGCUCUCCAGGAGUAUAAACGAGAGAAGCUCUCAGCCCAGAACGCUCGUCUCACCGGAUCCGCUGGAUGCCCACGUCGCAAGCUCAUUCUUCAGACUGGAACUCUCAAUUUCCGCCCACCAGUGAGCCGAUCAAAGUCAGCACCUCGUCUGGGCAGUAUUGACGAAGAACAAGAGGAGGAAGAAGAACCGUUCGCCUCUGACGACAACGAAUCAGUGUGUUAUCGCGCGGCGCCGGAUGUAGACUCCAACUCAUCGUUCCCAGUCAGCGACACCUACAAGUCAGAAGCGGGACCAAGCAGUUCGUCAACAACCGGAUCCAGCUCGGUGUGCUCUGAUGAUGAGCGGGCGACGCUUCGUUUGCCGAGAACUGAUCCUGAUAGUCUUUCGGAAGAGAGCGGCUAUCACGAGGAAGGCAAACUCGCGCGUGAGUCCAGCGAGGAGAUCUACGCCUCAGACAGCGACCUGGUGAUCCUCGAAGAAGACUACGAGGACGACGACGAGGUCGAACAAGUGACGUCGCUCUAA